GUUUAAACCACUUUAGCAAGUGGUCGGGGGGCUUGAUGAAAGGCGAGCACAUGCAGUCUGGCACCAGCAACCUAAGGACACACUACCUCUAAUUCCUGAUGGCUUUUUCCCCUCCUACCACUGAGAGGUAAUAAAAGGGAUCUGCAGAACCUCAAGAGAACCGUUUACACUUGGAUGCUGCUGGGGAAAGACAUCCAAUUAUAGAGAGAAGAUUACAGGAACUCUAAAAGUCCAAAGGGAUUGAAUUGUGCUCGCAUUUUUUAGGUAAAAAGCUCCACGAUGAAGAUGUUGAAUGUGGACUUGUUAGUUUUAAGCUUCUGCCUUGGUCUGGGAACAGGAUACAGUGCCGUUAGUAAGAGACAAUAUCAGAUCCAGAACGGCCCUUGCAGCUACACUUUUCUGCUGCCUGAGCAAGAAAACUGCCAAACCCAGAGCAACAACUACAACUAUCCGGUUCAAAAGGAUGGACCCACGGACAACAACGAGUCAGUUCAGAGGCUGGAACAACUGGAGAUCAGCAUGGAGAACAACACACAGUGGCUGCUCAAGCUGGAGAACUACAUACAGGACAGCAUGAAGCACGACAUGGUUCAAAUCCAGCAGACUGCUGUGCACAACCACACAGCUACGAUGAUUGAAAUUGGAACAAACCUGCUGAGUCAAACUGCCGAGCAAACAAGGAAACUCACAAAUGUUGAGGCACAGGUCAUUCAUCACACAACUCGACUUGAGCGUCAGCUUCUUGAAAAUUCCUUGUCGACCAACAAGCUUGAAAAACAACUAAUUGUCCAAACAAAUGAAAUCAACAAACUGAAUGAUAAAAACAGUUUUCUGGAAAAGAAAGUGGAGGAGAUGGAGGAGCAGAGGCAGGUGGAGCUGAAGAUGCUUCGAGAUGAAAAGGAGCAGCUCCAGACUCUGAUACUGAGGCAGACAGCCAUUAUAGGUGAGCUGGAGCAGCAGCUGCUCAAAGUCUCCUCCAACAACACCGUCCUGCAGCAUCAGCAACAGGAGCUACUGGACACUGUGAACAACCUCAUUUACACCAUCUCGGCCGGCUCUGCUCGAGAGACCAAAACCGCCAUGAUGCAGGACACUCCUACUACUUUCAUGGACUGUGCUGCUGUCUAUAAGUCAGGAAACACCCAGAGUGGCGUCUACACUCUGACAUUACCCAACACUACAAUAGAGGUAAAGGCUUUCUGUGACAUGGAGACAGAGGGAGGAGGCUGGACAGUACUACAAAAACGUUUUGAUGGCCGUGUUGACUUUCACCGUACGUGGCAAGAGUACAAAAAGGGGUUUGGAGAACCUUCAGGUGAAUUCUGGUUAGGAAAUGAAUUUGUCUCCAGACUGACAAAUCAACAGUCCUACAAACUAAGGAUCCAGCUGAGUGACUGGGAAGGAAACUCUGGAUUCUCACAAUACGAUCAGUUUUCUCUUGACGGUGAAGCGCAAAAUUACAAGAUACACCUUAAAGGCUACAGUGGAACAGCAGGCAAAAUAAGCAGCAUUGGGCAGCCAGGAAGUGAUUUCAGUACAAAGGAUGCAGACAACGACAAAUGUGUUUGCAAAUGUUCACAACUGACAACAGGCGGCUGGUGGUUUGAUGCCUGCGGUCCAUCCAAUUUGAAUGGGAUGUAUUACCAACAAGGGCAAAACUCCAACCGCUUCAAUGGAAUCAAAUGGUACUACUGGAAGGGCUCGGGCUAUUCACUGAAGUCCACCACAAUAAUGAUGAGACCGGCAGACUUCUCGGGUUCCCUUUGAACUGUCACACUGAUUAAACAAAGUGGAAGGAAAUUCUGCCUGACAAACAGCAACAAACAGCAAAACCAAAAAGAUAACUUCUCAAGGGAGCUAAAGCACUUCAUUGUAAUAUUUUUAGAUAUAUUUGUCCAUGUUUAUGUUUUUAAUAAUUUGAAUCAGAUGGGUUAUUGUCAAAUAUGGACGGUCAAAGCGACACUGUCAAAUGUUUAUACUGAAAAUACUCAUGACUGUGGUAUGUUUAGGUAAUUAUAGGUAUAGUAAACGCAUUAAGUAGGGGAACAGCUAGCUAACCAGACAGGAGACUAAAAUGUGACAUUAAUUUAAGUUCUUGUAUAAUAUUAAUAUAGUUUAAGCACCCAUGUAACUUUAAUGAUAGCUGCCGAUGUCAUUGUACAUAAGAGACUAUGGUACAAGAUGCAGAUAAACAACUGGCUCAAAGUGACUGCUAUGUGUUGUAGAAAAAAAUAUAUGUUAAAUGCCUACAAUGUAAAUGCUAACAAUGCCACAGAAAAUGUUUCUCUUACGAUAACACUGUUUUACUCCAGAGAAUGUAUGUACAUUUGUUUCUUUAAUUUAUAUGUAGAUUUUAAGAUUGAUAUUUAACUUUAUUAUAUAUGAAGGAGAUCUGCUACAGAUCUUGACUGCUAUUUUCUAGCUAGCUAAUGACUUCAUUGCAAACGAACUAAGAAGCAUUAUUUUAACAUAAUUCCUUAGUACCCUUCUACAUUUUAACAAGUGAUGAUGACCUUUUGGCAAUCUUUGGGGAAGUAUUUUUUUUUAAUUUAUGUUUUUUUUUUUUUCCAAGUUACAACAUUUAAAUUUCAUGAAAAAAUUAGGCAUAUGAGGAAGCUGAGUUUCUUACCAGCCACCACUGGCUAAAGCAGCGUCUGGCUGUAAUGUUCUACUAGCUGUUCUAUACAUGAAGUUGAAUAUUAAACACUGACCACAAAGCAGAGAACUGAAGACAGCUUUGUGGUCGGUGAUUCCUUAACCAACCUCUUAAGGCAAGAGUACAAGAACAAACCGCCUGGUGGAUGCACACACCGCUAUGUGUUCUGCAUUUUUCACAUCCUUUUGUGUAGCUUCAUCGAGUAGAAAAUGCAUAAUAAAUUCAAAAUGCUCCAAA